AAAAAAAGAAAAAAGAACGAAAAGAAAAGAAAUAGGGAUCUGGUAUAUAAGUAAAUUUUUUAUCGCCGGUGCCUUGUUCUACUAGGGCUUACUCCUCGACGCUAUUCGAUUUCCAGUUGCGGAAGCCAUUUUUGACGCAGCAAGCAAAAGCAGAAUCACAAGAGGUAAGCCAUGGUUAAGCACAACAACGUUAUCCCUAAUGGACACUUCAAAAAGCAUUGGCAAAACUAUGUCAAGACUUGGUUCAAUCAACCAGCGAGGAAGACCCGGAGAAGAAUUGCUCGUCAGAAAAAGGCUGUAAAGAUUUUCCCCAGGCCUACUGCUGGACCUCUCCGUCCAGUCGUUCAUGGCCAGACAUUGAAGUAUAACAUGAAAGUUGGAGCCGGCAGGGGAUUUUCACUGGAAGAAUUGAAGGCAGCAGGAAUACCAAAGAAGCUUGCGCCGACCAUUGGAAUAGCUGUUGAUCAUCGCCGUAAGAACCGAUCUCUGGAGGGCCUUCAAGCUAAUGCUCAAAGGCUCAAAACUUACAAGGCCAAAUUAGUUGUCUUCCCAAGACGUCCCCACAAGUUCAAGGCUGGUGAUUCUACUCCGGAGGAACUGGCCAGUGCCACCCAAGUCCAGGGCGAGUUACUGCCUAUUGUGCGCGAGAAGCCAACAGUUGAGCUUGUUAAGGUUACUAAUGAGUUGAGAUCAUUCAAGGCUUAUGACAAGCUCAGAGUAGAGCGUACGAACCAACGCCGGCUUGGUGAAAGGUUGAAGAGGGCAGCGGAAGCUGAGAAGGAAGAGAAAAAAUAGAAAAUGUUACUUAAUAGGCCCCUACUUGAUAUAUUUUGUUGAGGAAAAUUUUGCGUUUUUUUGCUGGAUCCUAUUUUAGUGGACUUGUUAAAAGUCCAUUAAUAUUAUUGUUUGUUAUGUCAACUGAGUUAAGGAAAUCUUAAAUGACUUUUUGGUUGCAUUGCCUAUUUUUCUGCCGGAUAUGGAAUUGAGGUCAGAGUGUCUUUUUGCAACUAGCCUGGAUUUAUUUCCAACAGGAAAAUCGUUCU